UCUAACUCUAAGUGCGAACAGAGGGGCUUAAGUUCUUUGUCCGCAAUGGGCGGCGAAGGCCGUGUUGAAGGGGCUGCUGAGGACUGGAACUACUUUUCCCGACUCUCUUUGCGACUGAGGCGGAAGCGAGGUCUGCUUCCAGAUAGCAUUGAGAUGCUUACAAUCCCAUUUCUACCAUAUUCAAUCCUUAUGGGAAAUCUGGGCAUCUUGUGUUUGGGGCUUACGGUAUAUUGGAGUCAGCACUGGCUUGGCGGCUUGGCCUGGGAUGGUUCUCAUAAGAUGUUUAAUUGGCACCCAGUUCUCAUGGUGACAGGCAUGGUGGUCUUAUAUGGUACAGCAGCAUUAGUGUACCGUUUGCCCUUUUCCCAAAUGGGUUCCAAGCUCCCUUGGAAGGUGCUGCAUGCAACACUUGCUUUGAUAGCAUUUAUCUCUGCCAUUCUGGGAUUGGAGGCUGUCUUCAAGUUUCACAAUGUGCAGAAGAUCCCCAACAUGUAUUCUCUGCAUAGCUGGCUUGGGCUCUUUGCUGUGCUACUUUUUUCAUGCCAGUGGUUAAUGGGGUUUGCUUCUUUUUUGUGGCCUUGGACGCCCAUCUGCUUCCGAGCCCUCUACAAACCUGUCCAUGUUUUCUUUGGUUCUGUCAUCCUUGGUUUGGCUACUGCAUCCUGCAUCUCCGGCAUUAAUGAAAAGUUAUUCAUGAGAUCAAAAAAUUCAACAAUACAGUAUUCCAAGCUUCCUGCAGAGGCUUGGUUUGCCAAUGUUCUGGGAAUGCUGAUUUUGAUAUUUGGAGUGUUAGUGUUGUUGGGUCUUGCCAUACCAGGAUGGAAACGUCCGAAUGUGAAUUCACAAGACAUUAGACAGAUGCGACUACAUUCCAAAGACACAGUGAAGGCUUGAUUCCAGGUCACCCAAAUGACAAAGCCUCUAUUACAAGAAGACAGAUGAAGAAUUAAAGAGCAGCUGUGUGGUGCUACCAGUAAGGGUUUCUUCAUUGAAAUUUGUAGCCUUGUUUGCUGCUGUUGUCAUGAGUACAAGCAGCUCAUACCAUGAACUGAUUCAGUAAGAGAAGGGUUUUCUGGAAACAGACAUCCAAAUUUGUUCCUCUGGGAAAUGUUUGUACUAUCAAGGAUUGCUGGACAUUCAAUCACAUUUGAACAAAUCUGUUUGCUAAAGUGCCAUAAAGUUCAGAGAUUUUUGUGCUUUUCAUUAGCCAAUUAAAAUUCUAAAUAUUCAAUUAAAGAAAAGCUGCCUUUUUCUGAUAUUUGGGUGAAAGGAUGUGCUACAAUAGAUACUUCGUGUGUAAUCUCAGUGCUGCGUUAUUUUCUAAUUGAAUAUGAUAUAAUUUUCUGUAUUUUUUUAUAUGAAUCUGUUCAGAUUCCAUGUAUCAUAGAGUAUAGUUUGUUAGUUUUUGGUUUAACGUGUCAGGUGAAGCCAGCUAGUAUAGAGGGCCUUCUCUUGAUUGAAAGGGGGAAAAAUUCAUUUUGUGCAGUAAUGCAUCAGGUAGACAGCCAAAUCGUUUGCCAGUUCACCUACAGAAGUUGUGUUUAUAUAACACAUCAAGCCAUAUUCUAAUGUUGGUUUACCAAUUAAACAAAUAACUGGGUUCCCAUAAUAUUUUAACCCUUGGUUUACAAAACACAUUGACUGGAUUCAUAUGAUUAGACAAAUAAGCAAACCAAAUGUGGCACAGUGCAAUAGUUUUUGGUCUCGGGACCACUUUAUUUUGUUAAAAAUAAUUGAGCUUUGGUUUAUAUGGAUUAUAUCUAUCAAUAUUUACUGUGUUGGAAAUUAAAACUGAGAAAUUUUAAGAUAUUUGACUUAGUGAUCCCUGACUAUACUUGGAAAACUGCUGGUGUAAUGUAUGAUGGAGAUACAACUACCUUGUUACCUUUUUAUGGUUUCUAUUUACUUGGAAUGAUAGAAUAUCAAUGGAUUCCAGGCACUUUUUUCAUUUGAUUACUGUAAACACUUCUGAUCUAAAGAAAACAUUGAGAUUUCAUGGGCUGUAAUUAGGUAUUCAGACAUGCUAAUUGAGUAAGAUUUUUUUUUUUACGUAUUUAUUUUUCCAAAUGGUCAAAAACCUGAACUACAUAUUUCCUACCCACAGUGUUCUUUUGUAUUUAUUUCUGCCAGUGGAACAUAAUCUUACUUAACAGUAGUGUGGCUACUAAAAUUCACAGUCAUUGACAAAAUAUAAUCAUUAGUUAGGCUCCUUUAAAAUGCCUCCUGUGUUUGCUACAAAUUUAUUCUCAGAACAGACUUUGUGCUUGUGUGAGGGUGAAGAGCAGGCUAUUACAUAUAUUACAAUAAUGUCUCAAACAUGGUACAAUAAUGUGAUUCUAUAGGUAACUAUUUUUUCUUAGAGCUAUAAUCUAAUCACCUUAUUUUAAGCCAUCUUUCAUUAGAGUUUAUGAGACGUUAUAUUGGAUCACAUGUCUGGUCUAAUAAAACGUAUCACUAUAAUGUGAUAUAAUGUGGUUAAAUCAUGGGAUUAGAUCUUAUUAGAAAAAAUAUUAAUCAACUCUUGAUGCUUUUCUUAUUUCUAAUCUAUCUUUUAUCUUGCUAAUGUGGAAAUUAUUUGUGCUACAUCACUUUCUUAGUAAUGCUAAUAAAAGAUUAUGCUUUUCUCCAUAAUCAACAAUUGAGAAAUUCCUGAACUUAAUCAAGCAAUGUGAACUGAACACACUCACAGAUUGGCCCUUGAUAUAUAAUUAAAUUAAUAUUUAGCAUAUAGUGUUACCUAUUUCUGUUACUUGCAAGCUACAUUUAUUUAAACAAUCAAAACCAAACCACUAAACAGGUAGUCCUCAUUUAGCAACAAUUGGGACUAGCAAUUUAGUCAUUACAAAAAGUGCUUGCUAAAUCUAAUCAUGUUUCUGUUUAUGAUAUAACUUCAGUUUUCCUUUGCUUUAUAGACUUGCAAAAAUUGUAAAUGUGAGGACUGGUUGUAUUUUUUCAUCACAGUUGUACCUGCAAAGGUUGCUAAAGAGGGCAGUCACCAAACAAGGACUACUUAUAUCUAGUAUGGGCUAAUUACAUGCAUUGCAAUAUUAACUCCUCAGUAUCAUUAUAUUAGCUCAAGGUUGGCCGAUAUUUAUUACUUAGUUACACAUUCUGGAAUUCCUUUCUAUGGCUGGCUGAACAUAACCCUUACGUCAAACAUUAAAAACACAUGCUUUCUUUGGGUAAUAUCUUGGACAUAUACUGGCUUUUCUUUCAUUCAAUAGCGUUCUCAUCUAUAAUUGUCCCGAAUAUUCAAAAAAAUAACUUUUGCAAGUUUAGCAAUCCAGUUUUUAGAAGUUGGAGUUAUAAUAUGUAUCAACUAGGUUCUAUGGGUUCACUAACAUUCUUAAAUUACUAAGAGUUUACUAAUGAUUCUUAGCUUACUAUGUUCAACUCUACCCUAAGUGUCUCUGCCUUUCACAUGCUGAGCUUAGUUUAUUUAAACUGCAUCUAUGCUAUGUCUAGAAUGAGAGGUCGUACAUUAUUUACCUUGUCUAAACCUUAGUAGGAUAUUUCCCUUUUCUUUUACAUUUUAAAAUAAGAUGCUUGGCUCCAAAAUAGCUGAAAAAUGUCUUGAAACAAAGUUAGUUUAAAGGCUUUAUUUGGAAAUAACCAGACAAUGAAUAAAAUCUUAUGUAUAUUUAUUCUUCUACAUUCCUUUUGAAAAUUUUUCUUAACACCAUUAAGGUUUUUUCCAAUUUAAAUACAGGUAAUUUCACUUAAUUAUGACUGUGCACCUAGCUUUCAUUCUGGUUAUAUCAAAUGAGUUCUUGAUCAUAUAAUUAGCAACAUAUUUAAAAAUGGUGCCUGCAGUUAUCUGGA